UGGUUUGGGGAUGGAUUUUCAGACAAAGAUCAAACAAAUUAAAAAAUGGUUGAUUUUCUCCAAAUUCAAUCCAAUUCAUUGGGUAAGUUUGGUUUGAUUUGGUUUUACCCAUUUUGAAACCACAAGGACUAAAUAUGAUCCAUCAAAUUUGGUGACAGAAAUAUGUUUUUGUAUUAAAAAUGGUGAUUUCACAAGAAAAAACCAAGAAAAAUAGAGCAAGAUGAAAAGGUUAACCAAAGGGUGCUAUUUCUUUUUGACAAUUUGACUGGUUACACCUCACUUGAUCAGUCUCUACUUCACGAUCCCUCGUCUCCCUCUGUAUGGGCUCUCAAACGGUCAGACCAAAAGUUACGUUGGAAUUACUGGCGCUGAAGCGAUUUUCUUCUUUCAAAGCUCCAACAUUGGAGUUUGAUCUAGGCGAGCACUCAGGUUGGAAACUCGAGCAUUCACCUAUAUUCUGGGGCUGUCUGAUUGUGUGUCUCUUUCCAUUUUCAAAACAAAGGUUUCUUUGGUUUCUUUUCAUUGAGUGUUUCUUGUCGAGACAACAUUCACCCUUGGCAGUUUCAUUAACUAGACCUUAUUUUCUUCACAUUGUCAUGGAAUGCUCCAUUCAAAUUGGAACCCCAAUACGCAUAGGAGCAUAGAAGUUAGGCCUCUUAGAAAGUCGUGAAAGAUUUCUUUGGAAUCUCAUGGGGAAAACAAUUCACAUUAGUGGAUUUCCUUCACAUGUCACCGCAGAUGCUGUUAAGAAUUUUUUGGAGGGUCAUACAGGUCCAGGUACUGUGUAUGCCAUAAAGGUUAGACCACCUAAGAGAGGGGGAGGUAGACUAUAUGCUAUUGUUCAAUUCACUAGUGCUACACAAGCUGAGUUGAUCAUUUCUUUAGCUAAUCAACGUCUAUGGUACGGAUCUUCUUAUCUUAAGGCUCGGGCAACCGAGGUUGAUAUUGUACCAAAACCUAGGACAUACAUGUAUACCUUGGAAGAGUUGCUGCUAUGCUUUGGUUGUCAAGUCUCAACUGAAAAGUUUCGUGUUCUAUGGGAAGGAAAUGUUGAUUUGGUGACUUUUGGAAUUGGAAUGCGGAAAAUGAACUUUCAUUUGAAAUAUAAGUCUGUUGAGUAUAGGCUUGAGCUUUCAUAUGAGAUCAUUUGGCAGAUACAACUGCACUGUCCGCGAGAUCAGUCUAUGAAGUAUCUUCUGAUCCAGUUAAGUGGAGCUCCUCGGAUAUAUAAAAAAGUUGCACCGAAUAGUGGACAAAUCUUCGACAAUCCACUUUUGAACUUUUUUAAGGAAGCAUCUGAUGAUCAAUGGGUUAGAACGACUGAUUUUACUUCAUCAUGCUCUAUUGGACAAUCUUCUUCUUUAUGUUUGAAGCUACCUAAUGGCCGUCAACUUCCACCUUUUAAACAAAAUUUUGCUUAUUAUGAAGAAUUUGAACAUGAAUUCCGCUUGAUAGAUGAAGAUGCCAAUUUUUCUUUUUGUAGAGAUCUUGCUCCCAUUGUUGAUUCUCGUUCUCAUGUUCUGCCGUAUAAAAUUUUGUUUAAAAUAAAUGCAUUAGUUCAAUAUGGUUGCAUUCCAUGGCCAUUACUUGAUGCUAGUUUCUACCGGUUGGUCGAAAGAAUAAUAACAACAAGAAUUGAAUUUGUUGAACAUGCCUUGGAAAAACUGUUCCAUUUAAAGGAAUGCAACUAUGAUCCAUCAAACUUUCUUACAGAGCAGUACAGAAAGUAUUCAAGACAUCCUCCAAAUUCUCCUGUUAUAUCCUUGGAUGAUGGUUUGGUAUAUGUUCGUAGGGUUCAAAUAACACCUUGUAAGGUGUUCUUCUGUGGUCCUGAAGUCAAUGUCUCAAAUCGGGUGUUGCGCCAUUUUUCUCAAUAUAUUGAUAAUUUUCUUCGUGUGUCUUUUGUUGAUGAGGAGUGGGAUAAAAUGCGUUCAACAGAUUUAUUGCCACGGAUGUCUUCAAAGAGUGAGGAUGGUAAAACUGAUAUCUACAGGAGAAUUCUCUCUGUUCUUAAAAAUGGCAUAGUCAUAGGUGAUAAAACCUUUCAGUUUCUUGCAUUCUCAUCAAGCCAAUUAAGAGAUAAUUCCUUGUGGAUGUUUGCUUCCGGACCUGAUAUUGACGCAGCUUAUAUUAGAGCGUGGAUGGGCGAUUUUCGACAUAUCAAGAAUCCCGCAAAGUAUGCUGCUAGAUUGGGCCAAUCAUUCGGCUCAUCGACAGAGGCACUUUCAGUUGCUAGUAAUGAAAGGGAAAUUAUUCCUGACAUAGAGGUUCAACAGGGAGAAAUCAAGUAUGUCUUUUCUGAUGGAAUUGGAAAAAUAUCAAGCAAAUUCGCCAAAGAGGUUGCUGCAAAAUGUGGUUUCCAAGCCGUCCCGUCUGCUUUUCAAAUUCGUUAUGGUGGAUAUAAGGGUGUUGUUGCUGUUGAUCCGUACUCAACUAUAAAAUUAUCUCUGAGGAAGAGUAUGUGCAAAUUUGAAUCAGACAACACAAAACUUGACGUCUUAGGCCAUAGCAAAUACCAACCAUGCUUCCUUAAUCGUCAACUGAUUACUCUCAUGUCUACUCUAGGUGUUAGAGACGAAAUUUUUGAGAAAAAACAAAGUGAAGCUGUAGAACAAUUGGAUGCCAUUUUAACAGAUCCAUUGAAGGCUCAAGAAGCUUUGGAGUUGAUGUCUCCCGGAGAGAAUACUAAUAUUCUCAAGGAAAUGCUCAAAUGUGGCUAUCAACCAGAUGUCGAGCCGUAUCUGUCAAUGAUGUUACAAACUUUCCGGGCAUCAAAGUUGCUAGAGUUACGCACCAAAUCAAGAAUCUUUAUCCCAAAUGGGAGAGCGAUGAUGGGAUGUCUUGAUGAGACCAGGACCUUGGAAUAUGGGCAGGUAUUUGUGCAAAUCUCCAGUGGUAGACAUCGAAAUUUAUCUGAAUCCUUCGCAUUCAAUAGAAUUGGUCGAGAACACCAUUUAGUUAUUGAAGGAAAUGUUACAGUUGCUAAAAAUCCCUGCCUGCACCCUGGUGAUGUUCGUGUAUUAAAGGCUGUAAAUAUACCUGGUUUGUACCAUAUGGUUGACUGUGUAGUUUUUCCUCAAAAAGGAUCAAGGCCUCAUCCGAAUGAAUGCUCAGGUAGUGAUUUAGAUGGUGAUAUUUACUUUGUCUGUUGGGACACCGAAUUGAUCCCGUCUCGACAAAUUCCACCUAUGGAUUAUACUCCUGCACCUCCAAAUGAGUUAGAUCGUGAUGUUACAACUGAGGAUAUCCAAGAAUAUUUUGUGAACUACAUGGUUAAUGAUAGUCUUGGAAUCAUUGCCAAUGCUCAUACUGCCUUUGCAGAUAAAGAGCUCUUUAAAGCAAGGAGUAGUCCUUGUUUGGAGCUUGCAAAGCUAUUCUCCGUUGCUGUGGACUUCCCAAAAACUGGAGUACCAGCUAUAAUACCUUCUCAUUUAUAUGUCAAAGAGUUUCCUGACUUUAUGGAGAAGCCUGACCGACCCUCUUAUGAAUCAAACAAAGUAAUUGGAAAACUUUUUCGGGCUGUGAAAGACAUUGCACCAACUUUAAGCCAUAUUCGGUCAUUUACUCGAGAUGUAGCAAGAAGGUGUUACGACUGUGAUAUGGAAGUCGAAGGCUUUGAAGAUUAUGUUGAAGAUGCCUUCUAUCAUAAAAGCAAUUAUGAUUACAAGUUGGGGAAUUUGCUUGAUUAUUAUGGUAUCAAGUCUGAGGCAGAAGUACUUAGUGGGAGUAUCAUGAGGAUGUCCAAGUCUUUCACCAGGAGAAGAGAUGCAGAAGCAAUCAACUUGGCUGUAAGGUCUCUGAGAAAGGAGGCUAGGACAUGGUUCAAUGCAAGAGAAGGCGCAGAUUCGAAUUCAGAUGAUUUAUUUGCCAAAGCUUCAGCUUGGUACUAUGUUACAUACCAUCACUCUUAUUGGGGCUGCUAUAAUGAGGGAAUGAAACGCGACCAUUAUUUGAGCUUCCCCUGGUGUGUUUACGACAAACUGAUGCAAAUCAAGGAGAAUAAUUUGAGAAGAAGAGAGAGAGCUGCAAGACUGGCAAGUUUCGACAGAUUCGGACAUGUGUUAAAUCUUGGUGGGAGUUGAAGAAUGAUCAAUAUGGUUGGUUUGCUGUCAGAUUGAACUAAAUUUUUCUGUAGCUUUAAAUGAUUGAACUAAGAGAGGAAACUUGAAAUGGAAAUUGUCUUUUAACUCGUUGAAAACUUGUUAGUUUAUAAGGAAUGUUGUUUCUGUUUACCGUGUAAUAUCCACAUUCGCAUGUACAGAGUUCAUGAAAUCUCAAACCUUAGUCUCACUUUCUCUUAAA